AUGUCUGUGUUGAGCCCAAAUGUCACUAUACCUAUUUUGAAAUCUGAACCAUGUGCUUCGAAAUUCAAAUUUUCUGAGCUCAUGAUGCUUGACUCUCCGGCUGUCGCAUAUCAGCUGCCUAUGGCUGUGAUAGGUUUGGUAGACAUGAAUGCCUUCUUUGCGCAAUGUGAGCAGGUUCGCCUUGGACGCACACUUGACGACCCUGUAGUGUGUUGCCAAUGGUCAUCUUUGAUUGCUGUAUCUUAUGCGGCCAGAAAGUACGGUAUUGGCCGAAUGGACACGUUACAGUCAGCGAAAGACAAGUGUCCUGGUCUUGUAGUGGGUCAUGCUGCCGUGUUUCAAAAAGGUGAGGCACAUUGGCAGUAUUUGGAUGAGCCACCCAACCAAGCUAUUCACAAGGUGAGUUUGGAUCCUUAUAGAAGAGAGCUGCGCAAAGUCUUCAAAAUUUUGAGCCGGGAAUGCGAUCUUGUUGAAAAGGCUAGCAUCGACGAGUGCUACAUGGAUCUUGGUAGGUUAGUAUUUGCCAAGCUCAUAGAACUCUUCCCUAUGCUUCUGGAGCUUAAGAAAGAAGACUCUUUACCACCAGUGCCGCUGUGUCUACCGGAGGAUCUCAGGUGGGAGGGAAAAAUCAGUCCCACAGACGAGGAGAAAUUUAGUCAGACGAAUGAUGUGCUCCAACUGAAUUUCUCCAAAUUCCUCGAAAAGAAAAGUGUCACAAUUAACGACUGGGACGAUAUCUGUUUCUUAAUUGGCUCACAAAUUCUCUACAAAAUCAGGCAAGAGGUGUUCAAGGAACUUAACUAUACAACAUCAGGGGGUUUGGCCACUACAAAAACAGUUGCGAAGUUGGCAGGUGGCUUCAUCAAACCCGAUUUCCAAACAAUUAUCCGGCCUAAGGCUAUAGGCUCCUUCCUCCAUAACUUCGAGCUUUCUGAUAUCACUCAGAUGGGUGGACAGUUGGGUGACCGGCUUCUCAAUAAAUUGAUUCCGAGAAACGGGAAACAUUCGAUAACGUUUAUUAGGAAUAAUUGGACUUUGGAUCAAUUGAGAGAUGAGCUUUCGGAUGAGCCAGCAGUUGCAGACCGUGUUUUUGAGCUUUGUCGGGGUGAAUUCUGCCAGGAGAUUAAGCAACGAACUAUAGUCAAGUCAAUGAUGUCUCGGAAAAACUUCCUCGAGAGGGAGCCCGUAAACACAAUCAAAGACUGUUACGACUGGAUAAGAGUCUUUGUGGGAGACUUGUACGGGAGGCUUAUAGAGCUUGACGAUGAAAAUCUCAAUCUUUCUCUUCUGCAGAAGAUUGGGAGUGAGAAAGAAAGGAUAUAUCGACCACGCACAGUUAGUGUUCAGCUCAUCACGUCCUCAUGGUCUAAGAUGUCACGUCAGACGCAGUUUCCUGUGAUUAAAGAUCUAGAUAAAUUCAGAACGAGCCUCGAGCUGACCGCUUUCCGUUUGUUGUGUGAAUUGAUGGAUAAUUCGAAGCUAGCUGAUGAUGAGAUCAAAUAUCGGAGUCUAAAAACGUCUGAUGAACAUCUAGAUCAAAUUGGAACACCUGUUUUGGCAAAUAUGGGGGUAGUUAUCACCAAUUUUGUCACCACCUCGGAUGCAAAUCUCAUAGAUUCUUACGGCUCCGCAAUGAAAAGUAAUAAACCAGACAAUGAAGAAAUAAAGCGCAUUUUUGCCGAAAUUAACGAAGUCAGACAAGAUAUCAUCCCAGAACCUCAAAGGCCUAUAAAAUCCACGAGAAGCAAUUCAUAUGUGAAAAAAAUGUUCGAAGAUUUCCAGAAUGAGAUGGCUGCGAAUGAUAGCAACAAUACUGACAACUCACUUAGACCAAAGUCAUGUUUUAAAGAAGAUAAAAAUUACGUGAAGAAGAUGUUUGAAGACUUCCAAACUAGUGUUAUGGUUGAGAGAGCCGCUUCAGCAGAAGCUCCAAAGAAGCCGCGACUUUCGGUCAGCCCACAAAAACAAAAAGAGACUGAGAAGAUUAAAAGAAAGCCUAGAGAAUUAAAUUCAAAGAAUACCGAAAACAAAUCCACAAGAUGCUCGAAGGACGACUUCCUUGAAGAAAUGAUCAAGACGGGACGCUGCAACACGUGUGAUCUAUUUGUUGAAGAUGUCUUUGAACACAGAGAUUAUCAUUUGGCUUUGGAACUAUCUUUGAAGCUUAAUGGUGACAGUAUUGUGAUAGAUUCACAUAAGAGAAGGCCGCUUGCACAAUCUCAACUUCCUUUUGCGGGCGCUAAAAGGCUGUGA